AUGGCCGCUGCCAUGAAAACCAUCCGCCGCGCCUUCCUCGCCUUCUUCCGGAGCUACCCCGCUUUCGCUGGCACCGCCGCGCUCCUCUCCUUCCCUUUCUCAGCUGCGUCCCUCCUCGCCCACUCCUUGGGUCGCUCCUCCCCCGCCCUUCUCCGCCCCGUCUCAUCCCGCCUUGGCCUCCUCUUUCACGCCACCGGCUUCCCUCCUUCCCACCUCUUCACCCUCCUCCACUCCAGGCUCUCCCUAUCCAUCUUCGCCUCCGCCGCCACUCUCCCCUUCGAUCUCACUUUCCUCGUCCUCGCCCAGGCUGCCGUCGUCCGGGUCAUCUACCGACGACCGACCUCGACUCCCUCCCUGUUCUCGCUCAGACGUCUCUACCCCGCCCUAGCGCUGACCCACCUCCGCAACGCCCUCUUCGUCCUCGCAGCCAACGCCGCCGUCCUGUCGAUCCUCUGCCUUGCCUUCAACGCGCUGGCUACUCUCCGCCUGUCCACCGGAGCUGCCAUUCUCGCCGUCUCCGCCUCCGGCGUGAUCCUUUACUCCUUCUCAGUGGCCAGCGCCUCGGCGGCCUGCAACCUGGCGACGGUGAUAUCAGCCUCCGAGGGCGGGGCCGGGUGGCGAGCGCUGCGCGAGGCUCUGGCCGUCGUCCGUGGCCGGACGGCCACCGCCGUCGCCUUGAGCCUGCCGGCGAGUUUGGGCACGGCAGCCAUCGAAGCGUUGUUCCGCUUCAGGGUCGCGGCCGCGCGGCCAUGUCAGGCGCAGGUGGUCUGGGAGGCAUUGGUGAUCAUCUACAUGCGAUCUCUCCUCCUCGUCCUCGACACGAUCAUCGCCUGCGUCUUCAUCAACGAGUGUAGCAGCGGUUGCUCUUCCUUCUGGAGCAAAGACGGCGGCCCCUUCUCCUGCGCAGUAGAUCGUAUGGAAUCGGAAGAUAAGGUGCAGGUUUAA